AUGUCCACCACCUCAAAAGUCCUUGUCUGGUGCUUUAACAGUGUGAAGGACCACAUCUUACGCGAAAUAGAUGUACUGGCCAGCGUCACCAGUGGAUUGCACUUCAAUGCAAGCCAUGCUGAUCUUAGCUUUGCGGGAAAUGCAUUCAUUGACGACACAGCACAAGAAAUGCAAAAUAACGCGCCCUUUCUGUGGGAUUUGCUUCAUACUCUGAUGUCAUACGAGUCUCGCAGUGGACGACGAGUUAUAUCGAGAUAUGAGAACCAGCAGAAGAUGGCCAAACAAGACCUGGACCUUGGAGAAAUCGGAGGAGACAUGAACCUUGAUUCGGACAUAGAGAUUCCUUCUUCAAGUUCUCUGCUACCACACUCCGAUGCAACAGUGCCUGCAGAUCUUAGCCCGGAACAAAGGGCUGCAAACUACAAGCGGCGACGCCAGCGUGAGCGGGCGAUUGAGAGGCGAACAUCUCUUCGAGUAAUACGUGCAGUGAUGAUCAUUAGCAUUAUUCUCCAGACCGUCAACCAGCAGUGUAACCGAAUUCAAGCAAUCCUUGGAAUCUUCUUCCACUCUCUCAAUGUUCCGGAAAAAGUUAUCGAAACACUCGCACAUGCUGGACUCUCCAUCAGCCUCAGCUCUAUUCAUCGUUCUGUCACCAGUUUAACCGGACAAACUGCUGAACUGAUAAAGCAACUUGUCCGUACACUGACGGCGCAAUUUGUCUACGACAACUUUGAUAUCACAUUUCCGACCAGCGAACCAACCGUCGAGAACCCGGGCCAAUUUGUCAGUGCAACCUCAGCAACAGUUAUUCCACUUUCGGGUAACUUUGGGAGCGUGAUCCACUCAAUCCAGAUCCGUCAGCCCGAGCAUUGUCGAAUGGCUCGGAAGCUGACCUUUUUUAUGAAUUUCAUCUUGGGGACAGCGAUGGACGUCGUGGCAGCAGGUGAAACAUUUUCGGCGCGUGAAAAACGGUUUUCAUGGCAUGCACUGGACAUUCUGUUGCGGUAUGGAGCACCCAAUAACACAUUUUUCAAAGAGAAACUGAGGGAUAUUGGAUUGGGACCAGAACCCGUUCGCUUAAUUCCUCUCCGAAAAACUACUCAAGUUCCUUGUCGUGCAAUGAAAAUCAAGUGGCAGUCGACCACUGAUGGGAACAUCCAAGUUAUCGACAACCUACAUCUACAAGGUGGAAUCGGAGAGCCAGCAGAGACAACCUUUGGUGCGGGGGAUGUUGAUAUCACUGGCUCAAUCCUUCUCUUUCAUGGCGACCUGCUGACAAAGGAGCGAAUUGAUGGUAUCCGAGCUUCCCGAGCAAUUGAAGCAACCCAGAAGGCUCGAUUUCAGCAUAUUGUUGUAGUUCCGGGACUAUUCCACUUCAAGAUGGCUGCAGCAGACACACUGUGGCGAAUAUUUAUCAAGCCCACCGAUUCACGCACUGAUGUCAACUCUCUCAUGCAACAUUGUGGAGUGCUACGCCCUAGAGAGACAGGAAAAUUUGCUAAAAAGCCUGGAUUUCGAGCCACCCAUGAUCUUAUCACUCAUGAUAUCCGAGCUGCUCUACUCGAUUGCUUCCGUCAAGAAAUUCACUGCCUUGAUUCAAAACACAUCGGCAUGACAAUUGAGCAAUACGCAGCAACAGAACCGUCCCUCUCUAGCCUAAGAAAAUUAGCUGACACUGUUGUUCAGAAGUAUGUGGCACGUAGUAGGGACUUGGGUAUUAUGCGGGAUCGAAAGAUUGCAGAGCGAGACAAGCGAUUCGAGAAUCAGACUCUUCGAAACAGAGAUGAGCUGAUGUAUCUCGACUUGUCACAUGCAAUGAACGUGGGCGAUAUCGGGGCAAUUGAGGCCACAAUGGUCUAUUGGUGCUAUCUAUUCAAGGCAACUGGGAAGCAUAAGUAUUCCUGGCACACCCUGAACUUCUUAAAGGAUCUCAAGUCACGAUUCUCUCCGGACUUGCGCGAAAUCAUUCGCAUCAACUGGUUGGUCAACCCAACGGGAAAGCCUGGCCGUUUUCGUGGAGUGGAUUUGGCUCAUGGAGCUCAACAACUUAUACACCAAGGUGAUAUACUCGGGCUCUAG